UGUAAGGGAAUGGCGGCUUCCAUAAACCGUAGCCGACUCAAGGCCAAGGGCCUGGGCCAGCACAGCAACGCUGAGAACUACAGAAACCAAAACUUUGAGGAGCUGAAAGCAGCCUGUCUGAAGAAGGGGGAGCUGUUUGAGGACCCCUUAUUCCCUGCUGACUCCAGUUCACUGGGCUUCAAGGAGCUGGGACCCAAGUCCAAUAAUGUGCAGAACAUCUCCUGGCAGCGGCCCAAGGAAAUCACAAGGAACCCUCAGUUCAUUGUAGAUGGAGCCACUCAGACAGACAUAUGCCAGGGGGUACUCGGGGACUGCUGGCUGCUGGCUGCCAUCGGCUCCCUCACCAUUAACCCCAGACUGCUGAACCGGGUGGUGCCUAAGGGGCAGAGCUUCAGGAAAAACUAUGCCGGCAUCUUCCAUUUCCAGGUUUGGCAGUUCGGGCAGUGGGUGGACGUGGUGGUGGAUGACCGGCUACCCACAAGAAAUCACAAGCUAAUGUUCCUGCACUCAGCCGAGGCCACCGAGUUCUGGAGUGCCCUGCUGGAGAAGGCGUAUGCCAAGCUGAACGGAUCCUACGAAGCGCUGUCAGGGGGCAACACUGUAGAAGGCUUUGAGGACUUGACUGGGGGCGUGGCCCAGAGCUUCCAACUCCAGAAGCCCCCUCAGAACCUGCUAAGGCUCCUUAGGAAGGCCCUGGACCGAGCCUCUCUCGUGGGCUGCUCCAUUGAAUUUGACAGCAGUGAUGACUUGGAAUCACUGACCCAGAAGAAUCUGGUGCGAGGACAUGCUUACUCAGUGACUGGCCUUCAGGAUGUCUUCCACCGUGGCAAGAUGAAAACACUGAUUCGGCUCCGGAAUCCCUGGGGCCGAAUUGAGUGGACUGGCGCCUGGAGUGACAACUCCAGAGAGUGGCAAGAGGUGCCCCCAGACAUCCAGAAGCAGCUGUGGCACAAGAAGGAGGAUGGAGAGUUCUGGAUGACGUUCCAAGAUUUCCUGGAUAACUACACACUCCUGGAAAUCUGCAACCUGACGCCAGACGCGCUCUCUGGGGACUACAGGAGCUAUUGGCACACCUCCUUCUAUGAGGGCAGCUGGCGUCGAGGCAGCACCGCAGGGGGCUGCAGGGACAACCUCGACACAUUCUGGACCAACCCCCAGUUUAAGAUCAGUCUCCUGGAACAGGACGACUCGGAAGACAACGAAGUCAUCUGCACCUGCCUGGUGGCCCUGAUGCAAAAGAACUGGCGGCGGAUGCGGCGGUUUGGUGAUGUGGAGACCAUUGGCUUUGUCAUCUUCUCGGUCCCAAAGGAGUUUCAGAACAUCAAGAAUAUCCACCUGAAGAAAGAUUUCUUCCUGAAAUAUCAGGACCAAGGCUUCUCAGAGAUCUUCUCCCACUCACGGGAGGUGAGCAGCCAGCUCCGGCUGUCUCCGGGAGAAUAUAUCAUCAUUCCCUCCACCUUCCACCAGAACAAGGAAGCCGACUUCCUGCUUCGGGUCUUCACAGAGAAGCACAGCGAGUCCUGUGAACUGGAUGAAGUCAAUUGUGCUGAGCUGCUCCAAGAGGAGAAUGUCUCUGAAAAUGACUUAGAUCCAGACUUCAUACGUUUGUUUGAGGUAGUGGCAGGACAGGACAAGGAGAUUGACGUGUAUGAGCUACAGAAGCUGCUCAACAAAGUAGCCACCAAACUCAAAGAACUCAGGACCAAGAGCUUCAGCUUGAAUACCUGCCGCUGUAUGGUCAACCUCAUGGAUAAAGAUGGCUCUGGCAAGCUGGGACUUCUGGAGUUCCAGAUCCUGUGGAAAAGAAUUAAAAAGUGGACGGACAUCUUCCGAGAGUGUGACCAGGACCAGUCAGGCACCAUGAACUCCUAUGAGAUGCGCUUGGCGAUUGAGAAAGCAGGCAUAAAGCUGAACAACAAGGUGAUGCAGAUGCUCGUGGCCAGGUAUGCAGAUGAGAACAUGAUCAUGAGCUUCAACAGCUUCAUCAGCUGCGUCCUUAAGCUGAAGGCCAUGUUCGCAUUCUUUCUAACCAUGGACCAGAAGAAUACUGGAUAUAUUAGCUUGAACCUGGACCAGUGGCUGAAGAUGACCAUGUGGGGAUAG